AUUGGCAACCCGCGGCUUCUAAACAACCUACUUUCCUCAGGUCCCAGGCGCCGGCCUCCCAGUUUCCUGUGUGAUCCCGCCACCGCCAUGGCAGAGUUGGGCCUAAAUGAGCACCAUCAGAAUGAAGUUAUUAAUUACAUGCGUUUCGCUCGUUCAAAGAGAGGCUUGAGACUUAAAACAGUAGAUUCCUGCUUUCAGGACAUCAAGGAGAGCAGACUGGUAGAGGAGACGUUCACCGUGGAUGAGGUCACAGAAAUCCUGAGUGGGCUGCAGGCUGUGGUACACAGUGAGGUGGAGUCUGAGCUCAUCAAUACAGCCUACACCAAUGUGCUACUCCUACGGCAGCUGUUCUCACAAGCUGAGAAAUGGUACCUAAAGCUACAGACAGACAUCUCUGAACUUGAAAACAGAGAAUUAUUAGAACAAGUGGCUGAAUUUGAAAAGGCAGAAUUUACAUCUUCAAAUAAAAAGCCCAUCAUAGAUAUCACAAAGCCUAAACUUAUUCCAAUUAAUGAAGGUGGAACAACAGAACUGCUAAACAAGGAAAUUUUAAGACUUCAACAAGAGAAUGAGAAAUUAAAGUCAAGGCUGAAGACCAUUGAAAUACAGGCUACAAAUGCUUUGGAUGAGAAGUCAAAAUUGGAAAGGACACUUCAAGAUUUACAGCUUGAGCAAGGAAAUGAACAGGAUUUUAUAAAGGCCCAUGACUUGGAUGACUUGGAAAACACAGUCGCAAGCUCUUAAGAACGAAUUUCAGAAACCCUUAAUGAUAAGACAGAGAACCAGAAGUCUUUGGAGGAGAACCUAGCAGCAGCCAAACAUGACCUCCUCAGAGUCCAGGAGCAGCUGAGCAUGGCUGAAAAGGAGUUAGAGAAGAAAUUCCAACAAACAGCAGCAUAUCGAAACAUGAAAGAAAAUUCUUACAAGAAGAAUGACCAAUCAGAGACCUCCGGAAAAGCACUGGCAAGUAAGCUGGCCGGUCCACCCUGGGGCUCCUCUCCACAUUGCCCUGGUACUAAUAAGUCAAGCCCUGGGUAAGCCAUGUUUAGUCCCACAGGGUGGGCUUUUAGGCCCAGCUAGAUAUUUUCCCUCACCACCACGAUACUUGGUUGCUCUUGGCCAGUGGAUCAUUAGCAGGUAA